AGCGUGGAUCUGAUCCAAAGGGGGUUGUGAGCGUGAGACGAGCCGGGCUGCAGGACCUGAUCAGAGAUGGAGAAACGUCUGCGAGCAGUUCUGCAUCACCUGACUGAACAAGAAGCAGCAGAAGAUCUCCAACAAGCUCCCACUGCAGGCCAAACAGCCGGAUGUUCAGGAUGUGGACCGGGAUACAAAAGUCCGCUGGACGCCAUGAAGGGUCCUCGGGAGGAGAUCGUCUACCUGCCCUGUAUCUACAGAAACACUGACAUCCUCAAACCGGACUACCUGGCCACCGUGGACGUGGACCCCACAUCACCCACCUACUGCCAGGUGAUCCACCGGCUGCCGAUGCCAAACCUUCGGGACGAGCUGCAUCACAGCGGCUGGAACGCCUGCAGCAGCUGCUUCGGAGACGCCACCAAGAAACGUAACCGUCUGAUUCUACCGUCGCUCAUCUCCUCCAGAAUCUAUGUGGUCGAUGUCGGCACGAAUCCCAGAGCGCCGCGGUUGCACAAGAUGGUCGAGCCUGUCGAUGUGUUCUGGAAGUGCGGCCUGGCGAACCCUCACACCACCCACUGCCUGGCUAACGGUCAGAUCAUGAUCAGCUGUAUGGGCGACCCCGACGGCAACGGCAAAGGUGGGUUCAUCCUGCUAGACGGUGAGACGUUUGAGAUCGUCGGGAACUGGGAGCAUCCAGGUGAAGCAGCAGCUUUUGGAUAUGACUUCUGGUACCAACCUCAACACAAUGUGAUGAUCAGCACUGCGUGGGGGGCCCCCAAAGCUCUGAAUGGUGGAUUUAACCCGGAUCAUGUCAAAGAUGGUCUCUAUGGCACCUGCAUCAGCAUCUGGGACUGGACCACCCACAGGAAGCUGCAGACCCUGGAUCUGGGUGAAGAGGGCGCUAUCCCCCUGGAGGUCCGCUUCCUGCACGAGCCCAGCGCCACGGAGGGCUACGUGGGGUGUGCUCUGCAAGGGAAUGUCUUCAGAUUCUUCAAAACACCUAGAGGAGACUGGGCAGCAGAGAAGGUGAUCAGUGUUCCUAGUAAGAAGGUGGCUGGAUGGAUGCUUCCAGAGAUGCCCAGUCUGAUUACAGACAUCUUGAUCUCAUUGGACGAUCGUUACCUCUACUUCAGUAACUGGCUCCAUGGUGACAUCAGACAGUAUGACAUCACAGACAGGAGGAACCCACGAUUGGUCGGCCAGGUGUUCCUCGGAGGAAGUCUGGUCAAUGACGGUCCAGUUAGAGUCAUCAGUGACCCUGAGAACCAGCCACAGCCGCCCCCGUGCUUCAUCCAGGGUAAGCGUAUCCCCGGAUCUCCUCAGAUGUUACAGCUGAGUCUGGAUGGUCUCAGACUUUACGUGACCACGUCACUCUACAGCGGCUGGGACAAACAGUUCUACCCUGACAUGAUCAGGGAGGGUUCAGUGAUGAUGCAGAUCGACGUGAACACGGUGACAGGAGGUCUCACUCUCAAUGAAAACUUCCUGGUGGAUUUCGGUAAAGAGCCCGGCGGUCCGGUGUUGGCUCACGAGCUCCGGUAUCCUGGAGGAGACUGUACGUCCGACAUCUGGCUGUAACACGCCAACGUACAGCCGGGAAGAUUCUUCUUCUGAGAACGCUCGGCUGUUUGGUUAUAAAGAUUUGAACGUCUGUGCCUGAAUCUUUUGAUCCCAGGAAUGAAACCUGGAUCAAGUGUGAUUUUUCCAACAUGAACAUGCCUUUAAGAUCUCGAACACUCAAUUUAGAUUUUAGCGUUAGAAAAUCACUGUAACGACUCUGCCUGUUUAACUGAGAUAAUAAAAUCAUAACAGAAACUCUGAAUAAAACAUGACAGACUGAGUUCUGAUCUUUAUUCUAAUAAAAUCAUCUCAAUCAUCA